AUGUCUGCUUCUGGAGGUAGACGACGAAGCUUUGGUCUUGGGCCCCAGCGAAAAAUAGCUGUCCCUGGAGCUGGAGGUAAUGGCGGAGUAUUACUAGGUAGUCCGCCUACUAGGAAGAUGGCUGAGCCUUCUAAAAAGAAGAAGGUGAAGAGAAAGAGUGUUGGAGAAAGAGUAAUGGGUAUGUUCCACUUGAAGAAAAAAGUAGAGGGCGAGCAGAAAGCUACAUUACCGGCGGUGCCUCAUUCUCCACAGCAAGCUCUGAGAAACAACCUCCAUUCUUUGCCGACCAGCAGUGGUAGCUCUCCCAGGCUUUCCUCACGCUUGACACCGACACCUUCUCCUCUUCGAUCUCGUGCUCUCAGACAACAAGUCUUCGCUGCUGAGCGGCAGAACUCGCUUGAAGCUGUCAUGCAUGAGUAUGGAUAUAAGAAAGAUGGGACCCCUAUGCUUGGAAGAAAGAAAAUGCAACCAGAAGAUAAAAUGGUUCGAUUAAAGAUAAAAUCCAAUGGGAAAGAUCAAGAUGACCCGAUUACUUUAAUCAAAGAUGAUGAAGGAACCGGAAUUCAACUAAGCACUGGCCUACCUCCUUUUACUGUGACCUACAUUGAACCAGGUAGUAAAGGAAUGCUGGCCGGUAUAAGAGUCGGUGAUGUUAUAAUAGAAGUGAAUGGUAAGGAUUGUAGUCUAAUGAAUGAUAACCUUGAGCUCACUGAUGUCAUGGAGCUGAAGUCAAUAAUCACUCAUGUACCAGGAAGUAGACCAGGGAGUAGACCAGGGAGUAGACCAGGAAGUAGACCAGGGAGCAGACCAGGGAGUAGACCAGGGAGUAGACCAGGAAGUGCUAUAAGUGGACGCAAGUAUAUCAAUGGUGGACACAUAGGAAUAACUUCAAUUGAUUCAGACACUGAUAGUACUGAUGAAGGUGAUGAUGAAGAGGACCAUUAUUGGAAUGGAAAUGGACAAAAAAGGAAAAAGAAAAUAACAAAAGGUGUUUGGAAUAGAAUAAAAGCUGAAGGUCUUCAAGACAGUGACUCAGAAUCUAGUGGAUCCUUUGUUAAUCUGGUGAUGGAGAGCUCCAGUGAUGAAGAUGAUUUUAUUGACAAAUGGAAUGAACAAGUUCUUAGUAAAGAAAAAGAGAUUCAAAUGGAUGACAGACAAUGGAGACAAUUGCGUCAAAAACAGAACCUCAUAUUCAACAGAGAUGCCCCAUCAUUCAUGAUCAGUAGCCCCCAAAACAACAGUCUCUCACAUCAGCAUCAGCUCCUUCCGUCCACUAAUCCACUGACCGACGAACCACUAGCAUCGAAAAAGAAAAGACACUUUAAAUGGCCGUUUACCAGGCCGGUCACCACGGCUAAGCCCCCGCCUCAUAAACAGGUUAAAAAAACUCAUAACGCAGCUAAUUCUCCAAGGACUAGGAGUCCACUAGAGUCUGUGCUGAUGGCUGAUUUGUCAGGGGCUAAGAUACUCAAGUCAACUGAUGAUAAUGCUUCAAACACCGGUGACAGUGAUGAUAGCUCAUUGUAUGAGAGGCCUCAUAUAUUAGAAAAGGCAACAGUAGAAGGUAGACCAAAGAAGCCUUCCCAUUCAAGAGAUUCAGUCCCCAAGAGGCCAUUGCGAUCACAGUCUUUGAUAGAGAAAGGACGUAAGCCGCAAAUAAGAAUAAAGAAGCUAUCAAAAGAAGCACCUCCAGAUAUUGGUGUGGAAAGGACUGCUCCAUCACUGGGAAUAGCUGAUGGAAGGAACAAGAGAGAUCUUGCAAGAGCUCGUAAAGUACGAAGACCAACAACCAGAGGAAAAACGGGAGGAGAGAAAGAAAGAGAAAGAGGAACUACAUUAUUAACCAGCCAGUCAGGAGAUGAAGUGGUACUACAAGACCAACCAUCCAACCAGAAUUCUACAAGUCAUCAUAUAAUUUCAAAGACAAUCAGUGACCCUGGAAAUACUUCUGCUCAGAGCAGCCAACAAAACACUGAGAGAACUCAAAAGGGCAUCAAAAGACGCUCAAGUGCUAACUUAGUAGAAGAAGCAGUGAGAAGAAGAAGCUUAGCUCAAAAAGAAGAUGAGGAGGAGGAGAAAAAAGUGUCUACUUCUCGUAGGAGAAAGCAUGCAGUGCCAACAUAUGCCAUUGAAAAUAAACUCACAGCACAAGUAGUUGCUACUGCAGCUGCUAUGAAAGCUAAGGAAAUGAAGCAAAAGAAAGAGCAUAAAGUGAAGGAAACUAAUGAAGAGCAAGUGCCUCUUGCUCAGAAGAAGCCGGAUAAACUUGCAGUGAUGUCUGGUUUUCAUCCACUACACAAGAGCAGGUCAUUCCAAGAUGAGAGAGAGAAGGGAAGUGGAAAGAUGCAAGAAGCAACAUGGAUAUCAUUAGCAAAGGCCAAGCAUGAGAAAAUGACUGAGGAACUCAAUCGAAAGAGUGGAUCACCACAUCAUUCUGAUAGAAAAGCAAGACUAGGCAUUAACAAGUCAGUAUCAUUACAUGAUGAAAUGGACACUGUCAGAGAUGAAGGCUCAUCAUUUUUAACUAACAUUAGAUGAUCAUUAAUUUAAUUUUUAGUACAUCCGUUGUAUAGACUUGUCUUAAAUGUCUUUUGCCAGUUGUAUGUACAUGCACCACUUUCAUUUAUGCAUCAUAAUAAUGAUAAAUAAUUAUGAUUUUUUUAAAAGAAAAUUACAAUGAAAGAUAACCUCAUUUUGAUUAUAG